AUGGCUAAAUUGGGCUCGUUUUUUCGUCGUUUAUUUACUUCAAAUUCUUCUGAUAAUCAGCAUUCAUCAUCAUCAUCAUCACCCUCAUCAUCAUCAUCAUCAUCAUCAUUAAAACCAGAAACUCGAAAGAGUGUACUUAUCGUUGCACCGUUGCCAUCACCCAAAUCAACAACAUAUAAGUCAAAGUCAACGACUAGUCAAUCAUGUUCAGCGUCGCCUCAAUCACGAUCCCAUUCAAUGAUAAAACAAAUAACUAUGAAUGCUGAUAAUAAAAAAGAAACCUAUAAUUCUAAUUUUCUGUCAUCAGAUAUACAUAAAACCGCUGUGCGUCGUGUUAGCACUCCAGUUACUAUUCAUACGUCAGCUCAUCAUAAUUCUAAAUAUUCAUCGAUAACAGUCAGUGAAGGUACGGAAGAAGCAUUGUUGGCAUCAUUGCAACGUCUCUCCACGUCGUCUUCAACAACAACAACAACUAAUGGUAAUCCUAAUAAUAGUAUUCAUAGUUUAAGUAUUAACUGUAAUGGUCCAACAAGUCUAUUGUCGUGCCUUGAUAUUCGUUCAGCGUCUGUCAAUUUAUCGGUAUCACCUAGUUUGCUAAGCAACAGUCUAGUAAACAAUAUUUCAUCAGCAUCGGGCACACCGCCAACACAAGUUGUCGCUGGUGCACAAACAUCACCACGCAUUAGUAUUCCAUCAAAUAAUUCGCCAUCACACAAUGUCAUAAGAGAUAUUUCACCCGUGGUUGAAACUGCAGUCAAUACUAAUUUCGAUAGAAAAAUGUCAUUACAACAAAGAGGACGACGUCCAUCUAUGUUUGAUCCAAUUGAUCCUAAAGAAUUACAGCAAGCAUUAUAUGCUUCUGCACAAGCUUCUAUACCGACAAAUCCAAAAAAUGACGAUGAUGCAUUUCGAGCUAUUUCACAGAUAAAAAUUACUUAUGAUCGUGACGGUGAACAUGUUUUUAUUGAUAGUCUAUGUUUUGAAAACAUGCAAAUGCUUGAUGCAUUUUCGAUUAAUAAUUAUAAUUAUAAUAGCAACCACAAUAAUACUACUACUAAUAACAUGGCAUUAUCAUCGACAACUAGCACUAGUAUCAGCACAAAUAAUAAUGAUUUUAUACCAUUCUAUUGUCGUUUCCGAUUAUGGCCUGAAAAACGUAGUCUAUUUCAAACAAAAAUAGUUCGUCAUCCACGCUUUCAGUCAUCUUAUUUAUUUGAUGCAAAACAAUUAAAUGAUUUUGAAUUAUCAUUUGAUCAAUUAAAUAAUCACUUUCUUGAACUACUUUUAUAUAAAGUAGGAACAAUAAAGCCAUCAUAUAAAGAUACUCGUAUUGCUACUGUUAAGUAUGAUCUUGGAAACUUAAAUGGAACUGAUGAAGUUUCACUGAAAAAGCCAUUGGAUGAAUCAGAUCCAAUAUCAACAGUACAAGAUCCCGAUCUAGGUGACUUACUUGUUUCACUAUCGUAUUUACAAAGUGCUGCUAAAUUAGCUGUUGUCGUACUUGAAGCAAAAAAUUUACGACCACUUUCAAUUGAAAAUAAACUAUUUCCAGAAGCAUGUGUGAAAGUAACACUCUUUGAUCGUAAUGGUAAAAAGUUGAAACGUAAAAAGACUAGUGUAAAACGUGCAUCAGAUUGUCCGACAUUUAAUGAAGAACUGGUUUUUGAAUUACGUCGUGAUAUAGCACAAGAAGUUAUGAUUGAAUUACGUAUUGUUCAUGAAUCAUUGUCGUAUAAAGAACAACUUGGUUCGAUUAUAUUUGGUCCAACUAUUAAUAAUAUGACGAAAGGACCAAUUAGCGCAGAAAAUAUUUAUUGGUCAACAAUUUUAUCUGGUGAAUCUCUCAAUGCACAAUGGCAAAUGCUAAAAAUACCCAUAAAAAUAGAAGAAUCAAAGUGA